GCGAUCCGUUCUGUAGUGAAGUUAUAACGCAGUAAAAUUGUCUAUAUUGUGUUAGUUUGUGUUGUAGAGAAGGAACCAUGACGUGCAUCUCGUUUGCAUUGGUUCUGACCCUGAUGUGCUCCUUCAUCCCUCCGUGGAGUGCCGAAUUUCAACUUAACAUUCCGAAGGCGAUUUCCUUAGAGAAAUUUGAUAGCUUCAUUAAAACCAAGAAGUAUUUCAGUGAGUUUAGCGUAUUGGUGCCUAGGAAAAGUUCGACUGAACUGGAAUGGUAUCCAUAUAAUUGCUAUUUCUAUAACUUCCAAAAACACAACCACUGCGGUAAUAACGCUGAUAAAAAGGACUGUUCUACGACCAACUUCUACGUCGUCAACUUCAAAGGACAGAAAAGUGACCCGAUCAAACACAAGAUGGAAUGCGAAACCGGGAAGGAAAUAUUACACAUCCUGCCCCCUUAUGAUAAAGCGAAAUUCUGCAAUUACGGAGGCAAUGAUUAUGACAAAUCAACAUGUAAAACGGGAAUAGUUACUAGUUGGAGUUCACACCCGGAAAGCUACAUGUUAAUGCUGCAUAUUGACCCGAAAGGCUAUGAUUACAAUGCAGACACGUGCAACGAUACCAAUGCUGCGUUCAUCACAUUUCUCAUCAAAGAUCCUUCAAUUUUGCCUUAUGGAGAAAUCGCCAAAGACCUUUACCAGACCAACGUGAAAUUUGUUUCACCUCAUUUCCAGACCGUCUUCACCCAUUGUGAAAGCAGUAUUUGCAUAGAUUAGUUCGGCUUGUCGAGUACACCGAGGGCGAUUUCAUUAGCUUCAGUUGUAUGAGUUAUAUUCAGUUAAACAUUUAGUAGUUUAAUAAUGUUUGCCUCGUGAAAAUGAAGGUAUUGAAAUUGACUGUUUUAUAUUCUCCUAAUUCGGCCAUUUAUGCUGGCAUUUAACAAAGAACAGAAAUGAUAAUGUACUUCGACUUGUAAAAGAUACAUGGUCUUCGUAACCUUAAAGCCGCACUCUCAUAGUUAUACCGUUUUUACAACUUCUUUAUUGUUUGUCUUGGAAAGAGCAUAUAUAUCUGCAAACCAAUGAUAAAAGAUUGCUGACAAAAGAUCAGAUCGCAGAUAUUCAUAUUUCCGUUCGCAAAUUAAUGUUAAGUGGCUUAAACCGUUACUAACGAUUUAAGAAAAAUGCAUAUAACACCAAUUUUUGAACUUUAAUAUAAAAAUCUGCGAUCUAAUUUUUGUCAGCAGUCUUAUUUAACUUGUUUCCUUGCAUUUUCGCAAAAACUGGCUGGUUCCAAGACAAAAAAUUAAAAAGUUGUCAAACGUUCAAUCUGUGGGAGUUCAGCUUUAAUAUAAUGUAUAACAAUACUAUUAAUAAACAGUAAUUCAAAAUAAGAAAUAGAAUACAGAUACUAAUCAAAUGGACAUUAGAAAAGUAGAUGAGGUUGAACUAAACAUUUUAUCUUUCAACAUUCAUAACUGUUUGCCUUAGACACAAUGCUUGUUAGAUACUUAAAGUUCUCGACCAUUUUAGGAGUUAAUAAAUCAUCUAGAAAAUCACAGACGGACGAAUAUAAACACAUUGCUUAAUAUAUUUCUUCGAAUAAUGUUAAAACAUGGACAAAUACAUAUAAAAUGGAAAUCGUCUUCUAAAUAUCUUUAGUUGCAACAUAAACAAAAUAAAUCUUCACGUUCGA